AUGUCUGUCCUCUUCAUUUAUCUGGCGUUCAAUGCUGGCUGCUGGCUGGGACCUCAGCUAGGGCUGAGAAAGGUACAUGUGGCCUCACCACGUGGCCUUGGGCUGCCUCACGGCAUGGCAGCCUCAGGCUGGGCUAACUUCUUACCCGGGGCUCGGUUCCAAACUUUACAAACGAGGCACAAGGAUGUGAAGGAACUUGUCCGAGGUCACACAGCCCCUGAAACACUGCCGCCAGAACCACGGCAACCUGGCGCCCGAGCCCGCACACUUAACCGCGGCACCACCUUCCCGCUCCGUGUGCACAGCUCACUCCUCCCCUCGGCCACGGCCUGCUCACCGUGCACCCACCACCUGCCGAGCGCUGUGCGGGCGACCACGUGGCAGUGGGGAGAGCAGAUGGAAAGUCCUAACCUCAGGGCGCUCACAGAAUCCACACGACAACCAAAGGAGAUUGAUUUUUUGGAAUCAGCAUUUUACAGGGCAGUUUUAGAGGAAAUAAAUGUUACGGACACUGGGUGGGUUUUGCAAGGCCAGCGGAGGUCAGAGCCACACGGAAUUCACAGUGAACGGUGCCGCCCGACAACGCUGUCCCCGCACACACGCCUUCUUCCCGAGGGCUCCUGUAAAGCCACGGGGCCGGGAGGUGGCUCGGGCCACCGGGUCCCGCCCCCGGACGGCGAAGGACCGUUCCCGGAGCGGCCGCCAGAGGGCGCGUGCGGCGCGGCGGCGUGGGGCUUCGCGCUUUGUCCCCCCGCGCGGCCCGUCGCCCCGAGCGGCGGCGGGAAAUCCGACCGGCUCCUCCCGGCCGCCGCCUCCUUCUGGCCUCGCGCGCCUGCCCGGGUCGGCCCUGCUGUGAUGGAGGAGGAGGAGGAAGGGGGUGGCGAGGAGCAGCAGCAAUUCUCCUACCGACAGAGGCUGAAAGCGGCUGUCCACUACACUGUGGGCUGUCUCUGUGAGGAAGUUGCAUCGGACAGAGGGAUGCCGUUCAGCAAACAAACCAUCGCAGCAGUCUCGGAGCUGACCUUCCGGCAGUGCGAAACUUUUGCCAAAGACCUUGAAAUGUUUGCAAGACACGCGAAAAGAAGCACAAUUAACACCGAAGAUGUGAAGCUCUUAGCCAGGAGGAGUAAUUCACUGCUAAAAUACAUCACAGAGAAAACCGAAGAGCUCGCUCAGUUUAACACAGAACAAAAAGCAAAGAAGAAGCAGAAGCUAGAGGAAGACAACACAAGAGCAGUGGUGCCGGCAGAGGCUGCCGCCGCCAGAAAGGACGGUUCUUGACUCCAUCGCCACCGGCCGGCUCUGUCCCUUCAGCAGGGGCGCGGCGGGGGGCAGGGGCUGCCACAAAGGGAUCUUCGAAGGGAUCAGUAGAGAUUAAAAUAAAAAGGCUAAGAGGCUUGCUGGGCUGUGUUCUGCAGUCAUCGGCUGCAAAAGCCAUAGCGUUGGAGCCGGGGACGCUCAAGCAAACACUCCGUGUCUCCCCUGUGCUAACACAGGAGUCCGAGGGGCCAAGACUGGAAGUGGGGUCUCUUGCCAUUAAUAAGGUUGUGUCAGCAAUGAGAUGUGACUGACUUUUUCAAGCAAACAUCUCAGUUACCUCUUUCUUCUUCUCCAUGAUUCUUCCGGCUGACAGUCCCUGAGAGACGAGUAAAGCUGUUUGUUUAGUUCUGUUGAUCCACCGGUGUGGUUUUUAAGCCUGUGUCGCGUGUGACCACAAGGUAAAUGUGAUGCUCACAGGUGCACGUUUGGAAAGUGUCCGUUUUACUUUUUAAAGGUGAUUUUCUCCAGAAACACAGUUUAUAUAACUCUUCCCUGGCUAUUUUGUAAUUUAACUCUGGUUCUACGGGAUGGAGGUUUUGCUUGAGAGGAAACCCGCUCUCUUCCCAAAACGCUUCCCUGUGUGGUGCUCUGGUUCGGUCUGUGAGGGCCGGAGCUUCCAGUCCUGCUGUCUUCUCUGCGGGGUGUCAGGGGUGCCCAGGGCAUGCCUUUCCCUGCUGGGGCAGGAGGGAUAAGGAACGGGACUGCAUUUGGGAGCCCUCUCUUUGUGCCAGGCUGCCCCGGGGCUCCACACGGGACCUCAGUGCAUCCUCACGGCCUUGUGGGGCGGAUGUGAUUCUCCCCGUUGUACUGGCGUGCAGACCGAGGCUUGACGAGGUUAGCGCGCUGCCCGGGUCUGCUGACCAGUCAAGACAGUAUUCACCCUGGGGUGAAUCAUACUGUGCGAUUCCAUCUUUGGGGACAGAUGGCAGAAAGGGCUUCUGGAGGGCCCUGUUUUUGUGGGCUGGCUUCCUCAGUGUCCUGGAAGCUCCUCUAAACGUGAACCUAUUAACCACUUACCAGAUGAUGAACCAAAUAA